AUGAGCGCCUCAUCAACUCCUGCGGGAUCAAGCAGCGCUGCAACUGCAAGUCUUCCCAGCAGCAUUGCUCAGGCUAUCAGUGAAAUGCAAAUGCCGCUGUCCACUGAAAGCUACGCGCCCAUGUACUACAAGUCACUCCCGGAAAUGGUGCAGAUCAGACGAGAUGUGCCCAACAUGCCCGACUUUGUUCGAGACGUCGUUGGAACCAUUGCCUUGAUCGUAGCGGGAAGCAAGACUAACAACGACGAAAAAGAAUACCUGGCUCGAUGUGCCGCGGCGCUCAUUCUGCUGGGACACGGAGGAACCGAUGAAGCGCACGAUCUCGUAUCGCCGCUCAGUUGGCCCAACGAAUUACCAUUUGCCUACGGACCACCCGUUGUGGUUCCGGAACAAGUUCUCACUUUGGCAUCCUACGUGCACGCAUUGGUGCAUCGAAGAGAGGGCCCCUUCGAGUCGGAAUUCGGAAUGACCGGAUUCAACAAUGCCGACUAUUGGGCGGGCAGUGCACUACGAAGUCCGGAAGGAGCUGAAGCACUGCCACUCGAAGAAAUCAGAAAUUCCAUUCUCAAUUUGGCACAAACCAUGUCUAGCAAUCCCCAGCAACAGUCAGCAGCCUCAUCACAAGCACAAGCACAAGCACAAGCAUCCUCUCCUCCAGCGUUGCAACAAUGGAUGCAAACGCACUUUGCAGAACAAGAACUCGCUUUCCCGGCAUGGGAUCCAAGAGCUCUCAACGAACUUUGUUCUAAUCUACAGCAGCAACAGCAACAGCAACAGCAACAGCAACCAGCCGCACAAACGACGAACGACGACACUUUGCAACAGUUUGCAGAACAAGCAGUUCUACUCGAAAUGAAGAUACUGCUCAAACACACACUCAAAGCUAUAGGAUACGAUGUAUAG